AUGGCCGCUCGUCGCUUACUCUCUACUGCCGUUGUAUUGCUAUUCGGCGCCGCGUUCGCAUUUUACAUCGCUCUUGUCAUCGCAGCGGAAGCGACGGAUCGCGGCAAUAUCGAGACAUGCACGGCAGCUGCCGACACGGCAGGAGCCGAGGCUAAAACAUGCGCCAAUUCCGCCGCCACAGAAAGCGCCGAUUCAACCGCUUCUAACGCUUCCGUAGAUUCCGCUGAUUCUGCUGUUGAGGAUGGCGGGAACCCGUCGCUAACGCUGCGCCUCGACACGGCAAGCGGCGGCGGCGGCGGCGGCGGCGGCGGCGGCGGCGGCGGCGGCGGCGGCGACGACGAAGGCGAGCGGCGCGUGAUCCAGCUGUCGUGGUGGCGGCCGCGCGCGUAUCUGUUCAAACGGUUCCUGUCGGAAGAGGAGUGCGACCACAUCGUCGCACAGGCGACGCCUCGCUUACAGCGAUCGUCGGUGGUGGACGGUGUGGAUGGGCACGUGUCGGUGUCGGCGGUGCGCACGAGCAGCGGCAUGUUCAUGGAGAAGGGCGAGGAUGACGUCAUCGCGCGCAUCGAGCAGCGCAUCGCCGUCUGGACCUUCCUGCCGCUCGCCAACCAGGAGUCGCUGCAGGUGCUGCGGUACGGCGUGGGGCAGAAGUACGACCUCCACCAUGACUACUUUGACGACCCCCUGCACAAGCAGAGGGGUGGGCACCGCUACGCGACAGUGCUCAUGUACCUCAACAACGUCACUAAAGGCGGAGAAACCACCUUCCCAAUGAGCAAGGACCCGACGCCCAAGGACGACUCGUGGUCGGACUGUGCCAAAGGCGUGCUGGGAGUGAAGCCCAUCAAGGGCGACGCUCUGCUCUUCUUCAACAUGCUGCCUGAUGGGACCCCCGAUGAGAGCAGUUUGCAUCAUGCUUGUCCCGUGGUGGAGGGGGAGAAGUGGUCUGCACCCAAGUGGAUCCACGUGGGGAGCUUCGAUGAACAGCCUGCUGCAGCAUCAGGCUGUGUGGACAGCAACGCCUUCUGUGAGGCGUGGGCAGAGACGGGCGAGUGUGAUCGCAACAAGGAGUACAUGAUCGGCACACUGGCGGCACCAGGUGCAUGCAGGAAGGCCUGCAAUGUGUGCUCUGCUGACAGUGACGACGCUGCUGGGGAUGGGGAUGCUGGUGCUGAUGCUGAUUCUGAUGCUGAUGGUGGUGCUGAGGAAGGUGGUGCUGAUGGUGCUGAUGGUGCAGAGGCAGAGGCAGCAGGGGAAGCAGAGGCAGGAACAGCUGUUGCAUGA